CCGUAGCAACAAUAACCCCUAUCAGCUGCUUGUAAGCAGUACACCUGCGUCAAUUUUGUCGCCCCGUGCAUCACGCGUCCGCGCGGGCGCCCUGUUGCGAGCAAUCGAGCGCCGAGUUCCUCAGCUCAGUGUCUCGCGAUCUUCGAGACGGCUUCUUUUGAUCCGCGUUAUCUCCGCGAUAAAGUGUCGCGUAGUUGGUUUCGGAGAGGCGCCAAGUACAGGAGCGAAAGAGGACCUAUCGACCCUCUUAACAGGCAAGGAAGUGGUGGGUGCGAACCACUUAGAAGAAACUUAAAACCGUGUCGUCGACGGCAAAAUCAGAGACUGCAAAAAAAUGUCCUCUGCUACGUAUCAGCGCAUCAACGUGGGACCGCCGCGGCACGUUGAGGAAAGCGAGAACUCCAACGCUGACAUGGAGCGGCUCGCCCUGGACUGCCUAUUCGUCCGUCGCUUCCGCAGACUCGCCGGAAUCGUGCUGUCGAACGCCGGCGCCGUGCUCGUGAUGGUUGUGCUACUCCUGCUCUCCGUCGCGUACGAGAUCAUAGUCUACCAGGUCGGUCUCACCACUAGCCAGUUCUACGUCGUCCUCGGCAAGAAACACUGGUGGGGCUUCUUAAACCAGACUGCUUUCUGUCUGGGCCUCAUCGCUCUUGUCGCGUUCGUCAAGAGCGGCAAGCAGUACGUCUCCAGCACGGUCACGGUCCAGUGGCGACAGCUGCUCACCAAGCGGCUGCAAGAGCUGUACUUCUCGGGCAAGGUCCACUACCGCGUAAACGUCGCCGAGACCGGCAUCGACAACCCGGACCAGCGGAUCACGCAGGACGUGGCCCGUCUCUGUCAGGUUCUGUGCGACAUCGUGCCCACCCUGCUCAUAUCUCCAUUCACGAUCGCCUACUACAGCUACCAGUCUUUCAGCGUGGCGGGCUACAUCGGCCCACUAGCCGUGUUCGUCUACUUCAUCAUCAGCACUCUCGUGAGCAAGCUCCUGAUAACGCGGGUUGUUCCCAGGGUUUACGAACUGGAAAAGCAGGAAGGGCGGUUCAGGUACAAGCACGCCCAGGUCAGGGCUAAUUCGGAGUCGGUAGCCUUCUUGGAUGGAGAGUUUGCAGAGCUUGACUCCACAGAGGAGCACUUGGUUGAACUAGUGAAGGCUCAGCAGUCUGUUUACAACCAUCAGCUACCCCUUAACCUGGGCGUUUACUUCACCGACUAUGCCGGGAGCAUCCUAAGCUUCCUGAUCAUAGCCGUGCCCCUCUUCACCGGUGCUUACGACGACGUCUCAACGGCUGAUCUCAGUGGGAUCAUCAGCAAGAACACAUUUGUCUCUAUGUACUUGAUCAGCUGCUUCAGCAAGCUGGUAGACUUGUCCAGCGGAAUUUCGACCGUGGCUGGCAACACGCACAGGAUCUCUGUUCUCCUGGAGAGGAUGGAAGCCAUCAGCGAGGAAUAUAAUCUUGUGGAUAAGAUUAAGCAGGCAAACAAGCCCUCCAAAGAGGACGACAACAACACAAGUGAUGAACCAGUGCCGCAGUUUAUCCUGAAGAAUGUAUCCUAUGGAAGCCCAUAUGACGACAACAUCUUCGCCGAAGGACUGAUGCUCGAGUUAAGACCACCAAGAAGCGUUUUUGUCACCGGACCGAGCAACAGUGGCAAGACAUCCCUGCUGAGGAUACUGAAGGGCCUCUGGACUCCACUGUCCGGCUCUGUCACGAGGGAGUUCUGUGGCUCUCUGUUCCUUCCGCAAGUGACGUGGUUCGGCAGCGGCAGCCUCAGGUCCCAGCUCUACUACCCCUAUGCCCCACCAAAGACCACGCCACAUGAGGAAGGAGAGAUAUGGAGACUGGUUGAGCUGGUCGAACUGGGGCACCUCCUCAAGCGUUCUGGGGGACUUGACUCUGCCCUGCAGCCCAUGUGGUAUGAAUCGCUGUCACCAGGCGAGCGACAGCGGCUGAGCUUCCUGCGUGUCCUCUGCCAGAGACCCAAGAUGGCGCUGCUUGACGAAGCCACCAGCGCGCUUGAUGAGGACACCCAGGUGAAGCUUUACCACGAGUGUCGCAGGCUGGGCAUCGCGACCGUCACCAUUGGUCACCAGGCCUGCCUCGAGCCUCUGCACGAUGCCACCUUGGAACUUCACGGUGCCGCAAAGGGCGGCACUUGGACGUUGAAAGAACGAGGCCAAACUCCCGAUGGCGACUCCGCUGUCGUUGAGAAUGCAAAGUCUUGAUUGAAUGUCUGAACGUUGCAUAGACGACACGAUGUCACUCAAGCUCUAUCUUCAGCAGUGUGAGAACGAAAGCAGCAGCCAUUCUGCUCUGAACAAGGGGUCAGUCGAUAUUCAAGACGUGCUAUAGGAAGAUGCCAAGUUGCUCUGUACUGAUGUGACGUGUUCCUAAAAGGGCAAACGAGUCACCUUUAUCGAAAACAAAAGAUUGGCAUGAUGCAUACUGGACUGCUUGAAUUAGAUACUGCCAUGUUGUAAUGCCUGUAACACCUUCCUUUUAAAAAAGAGGUAUGACUAGAGCAGAGUACAGCUUUUGGGUUGUUAUUGGAAACGCGUUGGACAAAUCUUCAGGGUUUCAGAAAAAAUAAGUUCGGAAACUUCUGUGCAUAGGGCGGGAACAGGUUGACACAGCACUAACAGGAAUAGAGAAAUUUUGAAAAGACCCAUUUCGUGUGCCAAAAUGACUCCAGCUAUUAAGUCUGUUCACCUUUCAUGAGGCUUUCUUGAAAGAGUUUGGAAAAAAAAAAAGUAAACCUCACCGUGUUCUUAUGCAGGAAAAGGGAAAAAACUACUCUGCAUAUAUACUUCACUCUAGCUUUGCUAGACAUCUCGCCUUCCUUAAAGAAUCACUUUCGUAGCUAUAAUAGAAGUGAUGUGCUAAUGCAUCCUGAUUCAACAGAAAAAACAGGCCUGCAUUAGUACAUUGUCUUGAAAAUAUUAGUAAAAGAGAGGAAAGUAGCUGGGGCAAUUACAGGCUUAAUUAGCAAAAAAAUUAUUAUUGGGAAGGACAGAAAGCAGCUUAAAUGUUCCAAGCACACUGCAACUUCUUUUUCCAUGUAACCUCACCAUGUAGAGUUGUUCGGUUUCCUGAGCCUACAUUUUCUUAUGUGGAAGUAUACUGCUGAUCAAAGCAAACAAUUGACGAGUUGAGCUUAAAGACAGCAGUAGAUUCUGGAUUACAGUGUAGCAUACUCCUGGUCAGGGUUUCUAACGCGCAGUAGUAGUGGCUCUGCUUACUUGCGUCUUGAAUAUAGAUUCCUCUUGUACUUGAGGCAUGACGAAGUGGUUAAAAUGUAUGAAUUAUUUUAUAGUAUUUGCUUCUUUGUUCAGCAUGGAACUGUGCAAAUUUCGUCUCCGAAAAUUGAUGCGUUUUAUUAUAGUCAUCAUUUUCUUUCAAUAGUCAUCUUGUGUGCCACCAACAGUACUUUUGUACUGUGCGUUAUAGCUGCGCGUUGGACUCUUUUUGUGGCGUGGUGUAAGUGUGUGUUGUACUGACAACUUUUUCCAUGCAACUUUGUUCAACUUCUUUUUGCAGCGUGUGUCAUAGAGCAACGCCUCCUUUAUUACAAUGCCAGUGCAACCGCGCGCUUCUCAAUGGGAGCCGUCGGUGAGCCUUAGUUCAGAGAGUGGUCGUGAUGUGACGCUACAUGAUGGGUAGCGUUGCUUGCGCCACACGUGCUUCUGAGCGCUUUCCCUCAGAGAUGCAAUAGACGCAUUUCCCACUCUAAUAUCAUAUGUCUGUCAGAUUUGUUUCUCGUGCUCCUUCUUUGCGACCCUAAGUAAUGCCGCCUCCGCUUCACCGCUCAACGCGUGCAGUAGCUUUGCUGUGACCCUUCCCCAUUGGUUGCCCGCAUAGUGCAACGAACAGCGACAUGCUGUCUCAAAACACAGCAUCUUUCAUAGAGCCAGCAUGACCGCCAAUAUUGUGAACACAAGGAAUGCAAGACGCCGCCCCAUGGAUCUGCACACAAGUGAACAAGAAACUAUUUCGUAUGAUUUUGGUCGUGAGGCACAGCAUGAGGGGCUCUCUCCCCCAUGACCGCAAAGCACAGGCCAAAGCUAGGCGAUGGGUGAGAGCAGGAAUGAUCUAGGGGAGAGAGUGGUGAAUGGGUGAUUUGGCCAAAUCUGGUUGGCAUUGAUAAAAUAGAGGAGGCGUUGCAUAGAGUAUGUUAGAUUUUUUUAUAAUGCGUUUGCUACCGAUGCCAAAGAAGUACUUCUGGACUGUGAUACUGGUGGGGCCGUGUCAGUGCACUUAUGCACUUAAAAAUAAAGUGACAUGCUUGCUUCACUCUAUUAUUGUGCUCUUUAAGGACGCACUGAAAGAAAUAUUAAGCUAAAUUAACUUUUAUUCAAAGUACUAUAUAGGGGGAUUUCGCCUUGAGUAUGUAAGGAACUUGGCACAAAAAAAGCACAAGAAAAGACGGUUCAUGUCGAUGGCUUGAUAUUCUCACACCUUUUAUUAUGCCAUCAUGUUAUUAACAAUAAUAGCAUUUAGGUGGGCCAGCUGGCUGUGUAACUCAAGAGCAGAUAGACAUUUAAAACAGCAGUAACUAGCCAGGAACAUACAGUAGACCUCGGAUAUAUGUCGAACUCGGAGCGGAUCGCGAAAUAGUUCGAUAUAUCGAUAAUAGGAAAUAUAAAAUAUGUCCAUUUAAGAGUUACUUUGAAGCGCUGCUUGUCUCGGAGCGGUGUCCAAAGACUGUGCUAAGCUUCCGCUUGCCGACUUUCCCAGAAUAUCAAAGAAAAAACACGAAAUUCAUCACACUUUUUUUGGUACGAAAAAAGUCUGUGAGCCUGGGUUGCUUCUUUGUCUGAGCCGUUAUAUUCAUGAGGCCAUCCUCAAUAUUGUUGAGGCUUCUCACAUAGGCAAGCCCACCGCCUUCCGUAGGACCACAACAGCGGGGAAUAAGACUAAAUGCCGAUGCAAGCUCUGCAGUAGUAUAGGGUUGUGUCGAGGCGUCGUCGGCAUCAUCGUCGCUGCUCGGAUUGGCCUCAUCGGCCACGAUUUCUGCAUCGGUGCGGUCCGAAACGGCUUGCACAUCAUCAGCAGCACUGAUGAAAUCGCUCGCUGUGGCCCCAUCAGGGAUGGCACUCGGAAACGCAGAAAGCUGGCGAAAUUUAUCCUCGAGGCACUCUAUGUCGUCAUCUGCUGUGACAUCGCCGUCGCACCUAUAUUCAUCUGGUGAAGCUAGAAGGCCAGAUUUACCGAAGCAGUUCACAAUCGAGGCUUGUUUGACGUCCCUAUAUGCACCGGUUAUCAUUUGUAUCGCUCCGUGGAGAUUGGUUUUCAGUUCGACCCUUAACUGAAGGUUGAUCAGGAGUCUGCACCAGACGUCGCCUAUAUCCGACCUCAAAAGAUUUCAUAAUGCCUUGGUCAAGAGGCUGCAGCCUCACCUUGGUGUUGAGCGGCAGAAACUUGACUGUGAUCCUUUUGAGGUGGCUGACCACAUGACAUGCUGAACAGUUGUCUACAAGAAGACAAACAUUGUGGUCUGCCUUCUCCAGUUCGGCAUCCCACUCACGCAUUCAUUCAGAAAAAAGGUCCCGUGUCAUCCAUGCUUUUUGAACGUGUAUCGGACCGGGAGGCUCUUCGCGUUCUUGAUGCAUCGCGGCGACUUGCUCUUGCCGAUAACGAACGACCGCAGUUUGUAAAAGCCAUCCAUGUUCGUUGCGAGCAAGAUCGAGACGCGCACUUUGCUCAUUUGCCCUCCAUGACAAGAGGUUCCUUUAGAAUCUAACGUCUUAUUCGGCAACAUUUGCCAGAAGAGCGUCGUUUCGUCGGCGUUGUAUAUAUCCGACGGCAAGAAGCUGUCUCGAAUCUUUGGUGCCACAGUGAUUCACGCCAUAGCGAUAACGAUUCCAUAGCGAUUCUUGAAGCGUUGCUGCCAACCGGUGCCACCAGUAAAGUCAUCCACCCCCAAGGCUGCAGCGAACCACUUCGUCUUUUCCGUUAGCAUAGGGCCAUCAACGGGAAUGUUUUUCGCCAGAGUUUCCAAAAAACCAGGCUCACAGCGCUUUUUCAAUGUUAUCGUACGCAGGAGCAUGCACGCGACAAGCCUUAAAACGGCACGACUGGGCAGCCUUCGCUUCUACAUCAGUUUUGUUCCAGAAAAUCGUGCUCAAUGCGCUCCGAGGAAUGCCGAAAGCUUCUGCGACCGAGGACUCCUUCUCUCCAGCCUCCAUUCGCCGAAUGAUGUCGGUUUUGAUCGCCAAGUCCAAGUUCUUACACUUCUUUGCGUUCAUGGCUACCAAGGCCUAGAGAUGCCGUGCACAAGUCGGGAAACGUGAGAGCAGCGAGUCAGCGACAGAACACUAAGCCAGCACAACACAAACAAAAGAGCAACGAUUGCAACGGGGUCCUAUUCCUGUUGAAACAUGCUCUCGGUGGUGGCAAUGUCACUUGGGCUUUUUGAAACAAGCAGCAAAAAAAAAAGAAAAAAAAACGAAAGACCCUUAGGGGUGUACAAUUCGCAAAUGCAUGGCCUUCGAGAUCUGAAAUAGCCACUCUUGCUUGGGGCGCCGAUGGAAGCAGAUAUCAAAGGCAAUGUUUUUGGGGACUGCAUGCCAGAGUGCAAGAUUAGCUUGAGAAUGCACAUUGUGUAGAAGCCGCAGGUGCAAACUAUCGUGUAAGUUUUAUUUGGUGCUUCAAGAUAUUGGCAUACUUAUUAAAAAAACGCUAAUACUAUACCUUGCAAGCUGAAUACCGCAGCAGACAAAAAGGUACACUUGCAAGUGCUGUGCAAACUUAUUGAAGGAUUGCAAUCACAUUCUCAACGCGGGCGCACACGAUAAGGGUCCGUAACUCUAUUGAAACACGACUGAAUAAACUCCGUGCAAACUUAUUGAAGCAACAUGAUCACAAUUCUGACGGGCGAACGAAAAGGGUGUGUAACUCUCUUGGAACGAGACUGAAUUGUGAUCAGUGUCACGGCUCCGGCGCGGCGCACCGUUCCAUAUAUAGAAUCUUUCGGCGUACAAGUGUUCUAUAUAGACGCACCUGUGCCCUACACUUUUACAUCCAUUUUUCAAGUGGAUUUUUCGGCUGUUCGAUAUAGCCAAUAAUUCGAUAUAUCCGAGUUCGAUAUACCCGGGACCGACUGCAAUUAGCAUAAGGGACAAGAUUAUAUGUGGAAAUAAGUAUUGUGGAGGUUCUCUGGGCAGACUUUGGACAUCGAAACUACAAUUUGGGAUUAACGCUCAUUGUAUCUCUCUUCUACACCUAUAAUGAUUAUUUCUACAUGACAAUAAUAAUAAAUGUAGUUUGGAGAAACACUAUGUUGCUCUAAAUUGAUCAAAUCUUUCAGAUACCCAAGUUAUGGAACAAAAAGAAGAGCAAAUACGUUUUUGAAAUCUUGACUUCAGCCCUACCACCCUACCUAACGUACCUAGCUCAGUUGUAAGCUAUCCUUUGCAAAGGAGGAGAUUGGAGGGCUGAAUAUACAAAAUGAGGGUGCCACUGCUUUAAGGCGGCCAAUAAUGAAAGGGACCAAUUUUACAGCUUCUGUCCUACAUUGUACUAGUUCAUCUUUAAAUUGGCUCAUCAGAAUGUCAUUUUUUAAAACCAAGCUCACUUCACGAUUUUCACUACCAUUGAAUGAUUAGUUAUCACUUUGUUCCCUGAAGUUCUCUUCUCUAGUUUGUACAUUCCUUACAAAAUUUAAAAUUUUUGGGACAUAUCAGCUCUGUAAGCGUGUUUGUCUUUGAGCCUGCUGCAGGUUUCAUCCCCAAUUUUCACAGUAGGUUUGAGGCAUCAAUCAAGUUGACAUGGCGCACAGAGUUGGUCAACAUUUUGGUGUACUGAUGCAGCCAUGUCCCCUGAACACAUUCGGAAAGGCAGCUCGAAACAUUGAGCCCUCUAUGUCAAGUCGUCAAGUGCCACCGUCAAUGCUAAGUGAACCUGCAAUGUCUCAUCAGCAGUUUGCCAAGAAAUUAUCAACUUAUGUCUGAGCAAAUAUGGCACUAUUUGUGGCCUUGAUCAUUAUAAUCCUGUUUCUUCUUACCUACUCACUUAUGUAAUGAUAUGCUUAAGCCUUAAAAGGUGUUUCAAAGUCAUGUGAACAAUUCCUGAUGUGUUACCAAGGCAUUCAAUUUUAUGCACGGUCAAAUAGUAACAUCAUCAUACUUAUUUUUUCUUUCAGCUUGCCUAGAAUAUUGAUCUCCAUAUCCACUCACAUGUUCAUUUCAUAUUCCAUAGUCAUUUCAGAGAUACUGGCCACUUUGAAGUUUUUCUGAAGAAUGCGUGUAUAGUGUGCAGUAAUAUUUUUUGAAGUGAAGAUUCCUGUAUUGCUCAUGUUCCUCAUGUUGUGUGGCACAUUUACUUACAUGUGCUAUAAUGUCUUGACUGAUUUGUAUAAUAGAUAAGUGGCCAUUUUCGAAUGCUUUAGUAA